AUGAUCGGUAAGGUAGUGGUUUCGGGGAUUUCUAUUCUUCUAGUUGUGGGAAUCGCCAUUGGUGUCAUUGCCGCAGUUCAUAACAAGGGUGGUAAGGAAGAAAACCUCACGGCUCAGGCCAAGGCGGUGAGGGCUAUAUGCGAGCCAACUACUUACAAAGAUGUUUGCACCAACAGCUUGCAAAAUGCUACUAGUACCGAGCCAAAGGAGCUUAUUAAGACCAUUGCCAUGGUGACUAAGCAGGCUUUGAUACAAGCUCACAAGUUCACUGAAGAUGAACUCGUGAAGAACCAUGCAGAAGAUGUUAAAAAGAAGGAACUUGAGUAUUGUAAAAAGAUGCUCAACUUCUCUUUGGAAGAUAUACAGGAAUUUGUAGAUGAGUUUGAUUCCUCUGACUUCAAAAACUUGAGCGAUAAAUUUGACGAUAUCUGGCAAUUGAUGACCAACGUCUGGGUUUACCAGGAAAGUUGUUUGGAAGAAAUUAUGGAGGAAGAUCUCAAGAAAUCCAUUGAAGAUGGUACAAGUGAUGCAAAAAAGAUGACUAGCAAUACUCUAGACAUCGUUGCUGACUUAAACAAAAUCCUCUCUAGCUUUGGUCUCAACUUCAAUCUUACAACAAAUUUGUCUGAUCAUCCCCCCUCACGCCGUCUUCUUGAUGUUGGUGAGCCAAAUGAGUUCCCAAGAUGGGUAUCAGCUGGAGACCGUAGGCUUCUUGCUGGCCGUGGAGGUAUUAGGCCAGACGCUGUCGUGGCUCAGGAUGGCAGCGGGCAAUUUAGGACUAUUAAAGCAGCUCUUGCCGCUUAUAAUCCCCCUAAGAACGUCAAAACCAGAAAAAGAUACAUUGUUUACAUUAAGGCUGGAGUUUAUCGCGAGUCUGUUACCAUCGAAAAGAAUCAGUACAAUGUGUUCUUUUAUGGUGAUGGUGCAGGCAAGACCAUUGUUACUAAUAACAAACAUGUCUUUGGCACCAACCUUCGUACAUCAGAAACCGGCACAGUUACGGUAUAUGGAAGAGGGUUCUUGGCGAAGCACAUGUCAUUUGAAAACACUGCAGGACCAAGUGGGCACCAGGCGGUGGCUCUCUUGAUCCAAGCUGAUCUAGCAGUGGUCUAUGAUUGCAGAAUCGACGGGUAUCAAGAUACUUUGUACUAUAACUCAGGCAGACAAUUCUUCCGCAACUGUAUCAUCUCUGGCACUGUUGAUUUCAUCUUUGGAAUGGGAGCGGCUGUGAUCCAGAACUCAUUGAUUAUCGUGAGAAGAGGAAACGAUGGGCAAAAAAAUACAGUGACUGCUGAUGGAAACUCGAAGGGAAAGAACGCACACAUCGGGCUCAUCAUCCAAAAUUGCAAGAUCGUGCCAGAGUUGAGGCUUGCGCGAGACGCAAAAAUGAAGUCUUACCUUGGUAGGCCGUGGAAGCAAUAUGCCACCACCAUUGUAAGAGAGACAGAACUAGGUGGGUUCAUUGACCCAGAGGGGUGGAUGCCUUGGCAAGGUAGCAGUUAUGAGAACACUUGCUUCUAUGCCGAGUACAACAACAGAGGACCUGCUGCAAGAACCAACUUGAGAGUGAGGUGGAAGGGGUUCAAGGUUAUUACGAACCCAGUUGAGGCUAGGUUGUACAGUGUUGGACCUUGGAUUCAAGGAUACAGAUGGCUGAGGGGCACCCGGGUGCCAUUCAACCUGUAA